GAAACCAGAUGUGUGUUUCUGAAAUGAACUAAUGUUAACGUUUGACUCAACUGAUGGAGUCGCCGAAAGAAACCAGUCAACCUGCAAAUAAGAGUUCAACGACUGAGGGAGAUCAGGAGGAGCAAUGCUGCCCUAAUGCUUCCUGUGAAAAAAAUGGGGAUCAGGAUCCCCCAUCCCCAAAACAGGGAGAUUUCAGUGAUCCAGUAUAUAAAGAGAUCGCAAUGGCAAACGGCGCCAUCAACCGAAUGAACAGAGAUGAGAUGCGUGCGAAAUGUGUCGAGCUGAAGCUUGACUCACGUGGUGUUAAGGAUGUCCUGAGGAAGCGCCUCAAAAGUUACUACAAAAGGCAAAAACUGAUGCAUUCAACUGCUGCAGAUGGAAACGGCCAUGCAUACUUUGACUACAUCUGUGUGGUGGAUUUUGAAGCAACAUGUGAAGAGAAUAACCCACCUGACUACCUCCAUGAAAUCAUCGAGUUCCCCAUUGUUUUGAUCCACACGCGCACAUUGGAGAUUGUAGACUCAUUUCAGGAGUAUGUGAAGCCAGUGGUGAACCCCAAGCUCUCCGAGUUUUGUGUGAAACUUACCGGAAUAUCACAGAAAAUGGUGGAUGAGGCGAAAACAUUCGAUCAAGUUCUAAAGCGAGCAGUUUCUUGGUUACAGGAAAAAGAACUUGGAACAAAAUACAAAUAUACAUUUUUGACAGAUGGGUCAUGGGACAUGGGAAAAUUUCUCCGUACCCAAUGCAAACUGAGUCAAAUCAGAUUCCCACAGUUUGCUAGAAAAUGGAUCAAUAUCAGAAAGUCUUAUGGAAACUUUUAUAAGGUUGCUCGUACUCAGACGAAACUAAUCUGCAUGCUGGAGAAUCUUGGUAUGCAGUAUGACGGACGUCCUCACUCUGGUCUAGAUGACUCCCGCAACAUUGCCAGAAUUGCCAUCCACAUGCUGAAGGAUGGCUGUCAGCUGCGGGUGAACGAGUGCAUGCAUUCAGGAGAACUACGGAGCGUGCCCAUCUCUGCCCCUAUUGAAGGAGCCCUAGCACCUCAAAUGCCCAAGAAAAGAGACUAAAAAGACUCUUUCCCAAAACUAACAUUGCUUAAUGUGGACAAAAUAUGAAAACCUGUCAUUACGUAAUCGGGACAAACUAAUCUAGGUUUACUUAAAUUGUUCCAGUAAUGUGUGUGAUUUCUUUGCUGCAAAAGCUUACAUCAUAGCAGAUCAGUGGGGUGAGGCUGUGCUUCACCUUUACAGCUAAUUGGGUUUAUGUACUGUAUUUUGAAACUUGCUUGAGCAACUGAAACAGAAGCUGAGGGCAAAAAGCUUGAAAAAGUCUGAUGGGUGAUCAAUAAUUGUGCAUUGCUUUUAUUAAUCUUUGUCGCACAUCCGUUGAAAAACUGAAAAGCUCAAUUUGUAUUCUAUUGCCAAUAAACUUUUUUUAUGACGA